UUUUUCCCAUCAGUUUCACUUUCACCUGCGGUCACAACUACAAGUCCAAAUCCAUCAUUUCUACUUCAAUCUCUUGAAGCUUCACAUCGAAUCUGCCUUUCCUGCAGAAAGUUUCAGCUUAAUCGUUUCCUGUUGGCGGAGAGCAUGUUUGUUUUUGUAUUUGCUCUUCGGUGAUAUGUAUAUUAUAUGUAUGUGUGUAUGUACAGGUUUGUAAUUGUGGACUCGGCAUACCGUUUCUGGAAAUUGUCAUCGAUUAAUCGAAGCUGGACAUCCCAGGCGUGAAUUUGAGAGCAGGCGAUGGAAAUCGGGAAUUAGUCAGGAGUAAUUGGAUAAGGUAGGGCGACAGGAAAUCGUGAGGGGGGAGGGGGAAAAGGAUCACUAAUAAUGAAUGUUCCUGAAAGUCGUAGCGAAUUCGAUCAUUUUUCUGGCGCUUUCGCACUUCAGAAAGAGGAUGAACUUUCUGGAGAAACCCAUCCUAUUCUCGACUACGCAAUGCAUUUGGCUUUUUAUGCUGCGCUCACUGCAAUCUUCUUGAUGAUCAUAGCCUUGAUCACGAAACUCUUGUGCAACUACGACGAGGAGGGGGGCAGCGGAGAAGCAGCCGCAGCAGAGGGGGCGACCGAGCAGAGUCGAUUAUUGCCGCCAAAGGAGGAGGCUGUGUACAGUAGCUACGGCACCAGCUGGAACGAUCUAGAAUCCGGCAGCACCUCAUCCUCCGAGGAUCUGUACGAUGGAAAGAUAUGCGUGAUAUGCUACGACGAAAAAAGGAGCUGCUUCUUCGUUCCUUGUGGUCAUUGCGUCGCUUGCCACACUUGCGCCAACAGGAUUGUAAGAGAGGAGAACAAGAGCUGCCCAAUAUGCAGAGGAAUUAUUGACAAGGUAAGAAAAUUAUACAUCCUUUGAAAUUUGUGUGAAUUCGAAAGAAAGAUAUAUAUGUGCAUAUAAUAGUAUUUAGUAGAUUCUGUACAUUGUUAUUGUAUUUGCUUAGACAUCAUUCUUCCAUGAUUUUUGUAAAUGGCUGUACAUUUUAAAAUAAUAGAAAUCUAUAUAUAUAUGUUCACACAAUAAUUUUUGC